GCCCCCCUCGCGGUCAGCGCGCAGGCGCGAAGGGAGCACGCGAGCGGGUGACGUCACUCCGCGCCGGAUUUGGCUUCCGGAGGCGUCGCUCGCUGACUGCGUAGUGAUGGAGCUGCCGACCGGUGUUUCCAAACAGGACAUUCGUCAACAGAUUUGGGACUACAUGGAAUCACAAAAUUUAGCUGAUUUUCCCCGGCCUGUUCAUCACAGGAUUCCCAACUUCAAGGGCUCUUAUCUGGCUUGCCAAAACAUCAGAGACCUAGAAGUUUUUACCAGAACGCAGGAAGUGAAAGUGGACCCCGAUAAGCCGCUGGAAGGUGUUCGGCUGCUGAUGUUGCAGAGCAAAAAAACAUUGUUGGUCCCAACACCACGACUGAGAACAGGGUUAUUCAAUAAGAUCACUCCACCUCCUGGGGCAACUAAAGACAUCUUGAGAAAAUGUGCCACCUCCCAGGGUGUGAGGAACUACAGUACUCCUGUGGGCUUGGAUUCCAAGGUCCCUGUGGACUUAGUUGUGGUGGGGUCCGUUGCUGUCUCUGAAAAAGGCUGGAGAAUUGGGAAGGGAGAAGGUUAUGCUGAUCUGGAAUAUGCCAUGAUGGUGUCGAUGGGAGCAGUCAGCCAGGGGACGCCCGUGGUCACCAUCGUCCACGACUGCCAGGUCAUCGACAUACCUGAAACGCUGCUUGAAGACCAUGACCUAACAGUGGACUACAUUCUCACUCCGACAAGAGUCAUUGCCACAGGGUGUGAGCGCCCAAAGCCAGCAGGAAUCUUGUGGUCCAAGAUCAGUUGUGAGAUGAUGAGGAAAAUCCCAAUACUCAGAAGCCUUCGUGACCGAGAGAGGCGGGCUGGGAAAGAUGUCACCCUUCAGGAUGAGCCCCAGCACCCUUGGAACCAGCAGCCAGUACCGCUGAGUGCUGUCAGAAGACCUCCAAACCCACACCAGCCAGAAUCCUGUUCCGUGCAGGGGGAGGAGGAUAGGCCUUCUAACACUGUUUACAUUGGGAACCUUCCCUGGGAUGCCCAAGUGAGUGAGCUGAAGAGAGCCCUCAGAGAACUGGUUCCAGUCCCCCAGAGGCUCACAUGGCAGGGGCCACAGCUCAGGGCCUUCCUCCUCCAUCAGGUGCCCAUCUCAGCCCAGCAGGUUCUCCCCUGCUUGCAGGGCUUGCACCUGGGUGGUGCCACCUUGAGGAUGGCAGACAGCAGAGGGCCAGUGACCUGACAGGCAGCCACACAGAGGAGCCACACCCUGACCGUCAUUCUGCUGUCUCUGACCUGUGACUAUGUACUGCUCUGGUCCCUGUGGAACUUAAGGGGCCUUACAGCAACUUGGCAGAGUGUUGCUGUGUGAGCUCCUUUGGUCCCAGUCCCUGCCAGGAUGUCCCAGCCUUCUCUUCUGCCUGGGACCUGCUGAUGAGUAGGAAAGUAGCCAGUAGUGUACCUCCAGAAUGUCCAGGCCCUGCUCUGUCUGGGCCCUUCAGCCUGCUUGCUGGGUGUUAGAGCCAUUCUGGUUUCUGUGUGGUGGUAGUUCAGGGGCUGCAGGGGACCGAAUGGGCAAUGAACAAGUGAGUAAAUGGUGACAGUGGUUAGGAGUGCCUGUGCUCUGGAUUUGGAGGGGGUAUUAAAGUAGAGCGCCCUGCUGUUCUUGGAUCCUUGUCCUGGUAUGACUGCAGGGGGAGAGCUGUAAUCAAAUCACAGAAGCCAAGAAGUAUGGUCCCCUGAGUGCAAACUGCUUGUCACAGCUCAAUGCUAGUGUCAUUUCUAUGCCCUCCUUGCCUUCCCAUCCUUCCCCCAUCUCUGGGUGAAUACCCUGUGCUCUGCACUACCUUGGAGGUACUGGUCAUGGAGAAAGCUAUCCCAAUUUACAUCACAGACAGUGACAGAGACACUCACACUGAUUUGCCUAAUGCCUGAUGUUUCUUGGGGUUUUUUCCCUCUGGUUCUUUGUUCCUAAAAAACAAAACUGGAUUUUGGCUAAACUAUUUUUUUCUAAUCCGAAGUGCUUUUGCAGUUGAUCCUGGGCAGAAAGUCAAAGUAAGCAUUUGAGUUAGAGAUUCUAUUUUUUUUUAAUGUAUAUGUGUUUGAAAUUUUAAUUUUUUCAUCAGAGGGUCUUACUGAAGGGUAUACCUUGCAUAUGGUUUCAAGAAAACUUUGAGGCACUGUCACCCUUUGUAAAAGCGUUUUCUCUUUGGCUUUACAAUGAAAAUACCGUAGAGGUGUCAGAAAGUAAGUCUGCCCUUAGGUUGCUCAUUAAGCGUAGGCUCCUUUCCCUAGACAUCGUGAAUAAAAUGAAGAGCAGAAAUAUCUGAAGACAUGUCAGCACCUUUCCUUCGGGCUUCUGGGCCCCCUUUUCUCUACUAGAAUCAUCUGUCCUGUCCAUAUGGCUGGUUUUGUUUUGUCACUGGUGCUCAGCUCAGACAUCAGAGUCGGAAUCUCUUCAUCUAACUCCUCACAUUUUUUGGAUUUGGGGGGGCGGGGGUUGCCUUCUUUUUUUCUUUUUUUCAUAAUUUUUUCCUGUAUUUCACAUGUUUUUGUUCAGUCCUUGUUGGCUUUUUUUUUCAUUGAUCUUACACCAUUAGAGUAAUACUCCGGGAGAUCAGGAAAUGAGUCUGUUGGUAUCUUGUUCAUUCUGCACUGCACCCCAGCUGCGAGGGCACCUGGUAAAUACACAGCAACCCAUGAAAAAUUGGCACCGAGGAUGGAUGCAUCAGAGCCAAGAGAGGGAGGAACACUCCUGAUCACAGCAAUGGGAGUGUGUCCCACCAAACCCAGCCUGCCUGGGUCUGUUAAGUCAUCCUUCCCAGUUAGGCCAGCUUACUUGGCUUUGCAGUCCAUUGCAGCCAGAAAAAUUCUAGAUGUGUUGAUACACAAAUUAUAUGAAUGAGUUCAUUGUUUUUAUAUUUGUGGGAAAUAGUUUAGUAUAAGCAAAAUCCAAGACCCAAGUGCCUGAAAUGUAGGUAUCCCAAACGUACCAGCCUGCACGCCUUUUCUCCUCCUCCUGUCGUGGACAACCUGGGAGUGACAGUCUCUCAGGGCCUCUAGGAUGAGCACUCAGAGUAUAAGGCACUUGCUCCGUGAUCUGGCAGUUUGUUCCCAAGACUUGAGUGUCAGUAAUGGUGGUGAUGGCCCUGGAGCCACUUCCCAGGUGACAGUGUCAUAAGUGUUGAGACCAGUGGAAGUGGGCAAGGAAGGCAACAGUGCUGAGCUUGCUGGAGAGCAUGUUUCUGAAGGGGUUCUGUUGGGCACACCCUCUACAAAGACCCCCAAAAAAGCAGCCAUUUCUGCUUCAGAGGAGGCUGUGUGGUCUUACCCUGGCAUACGAGCUUCUCCCAGGACAGAGGAAGGCAUACACAGCCUAUGUUCCCUGGCCUGAGAAGCUGUGGCCCAGCCCCUGGGUGACUAGAUUGGUGAACUAGGAGCAGUCCCUCCCAUUUGGGAUCUGAAAGUGUAUGACCACACAAUGAAAAAGCAAAACCUGAGGAGAAACCACUUAGCCAGUUUCUGGAAAACAUGCAGUCCACAUACUGGUGAAUAAACAGAAAGCAGAUCAACACAGGACCUUUGAAAGGCUGUGUCAGUACAGAAGGACCUGACCCAUGAAGUGUGAAGGAAGAGCAUGUAUGAAAAGAUUUGUUCCAAAAAAAAAAAAAAAAAGAUUUGUUCCG